AAACAGUGAUGAGAGUGAAGCCCUCCGGUUCGGUUCGACAGCAAUGAUUUGGCUUUUAUGGACUACUGUGGCCAUAAGCGUGCUCUUGCACUGGCUCUACAAGGUAAACAAAGAAUACUAUGUUCUGGCUUUCUUCGCAAGAAGAGUUCGUGCCAAGGAUGGAAGACCUCUGGAGAACAUAGUUCCCAUACCGAAGGGAGCUACUUUGUUUGCCAACUGCUUUGACUUAUUUGGAAAAGACCCAGUUGAAAUUUUCAGCCACAUGCGCCAGUUAUCAAAUAGAUUCCAGAACAGUUAUGUUGAAUAUAGUUUCGGUUUGCCCAAUUUCCAUAUUACCGAUGCACAUAAUGCCGGGAAUAUACUUAGCGAUCCUAAACUGAUUACCAAGAGCAUGAUAUACGGAUUUCUGCAACCAUUCUUAAGGACUGGAGUUCUGACAGCUUCCGAAAAUAAAUGGCACACGCGGCGAAAUAUGCUAGCUAGAACCUUUCAUUUUGAUAUAUUAACUCAGUUUCAACUGAUCUUCAUAGCUGAGAGCUUGAAGUUCGUUCAUCAGUUCGAAGAUCAAAAUGAGUGCAUUGUGUCUCUGCCAGAACUUAUAGCCAGAUUCACCUUGAACAGCAUAUGCGAAACUGCGAUGGGCGUUAAGCUAGAUGAAAUGGCAGAGAAGGGCGAUUCUUAUAGAGAAAGCUUCCAACGAGUAAACGAAGGGUUUAUUAGGCGCUUGAUUAACCCACUCUUUUGGGACGAUUGCAUAUACAACUUGUUUUUUGGUCAGGCUUGUUGCUCGGUCCUAAAAGUGAUCCAUGAGUUUUCCAGCGAAAUAAUAGCCAAACGAAGAAUUCUUUUGGAGGAAGAGCUGGAAAAUAGACGUGCCACCCAAACGGCUGACGAUGAUUUAUGCGUAGCUAGGAAUAAACCCUUUGCCAUGCUGGAUACUUUGAUUUGCGCUGAGAAAGAUGGCCUGAUUGACAAUAUUGGCAUUUGUGAGGAGGCGGACACGCUAAUAGCUGAAGGUUAUCAUACAACCUAUAUUGGUCUAGUCUUUGGCCUAUUGACUAUGUCCUUUCAUGUUAAAGAGCAGGAACUCUGUUACCAGGAGAUCGAGGAACACAUUGAAGACGACUUUAGCAACCUGAACAUUGGUCAAUUAAAUAAACUAAGGCACCUCCACUAUUUCUUGAUGGAGACCAUGCGACUUUAUCCCUCUAUUCCUACGAUUGGUAGACAGACAUUGCAGGAAACGGAGCUAGAUAAUGGUUUAAUUCUGCCCAAGGGUUGUCAGAUUAACAUACACGUUAUUGACAUUCAUCGCAAUCCCAAGUACUGGGACUCCCCUGAAGAAUUCCGCCCGGAUAGGUUUCUGCCCGAGAAUUGCCAGCUGCGGCAUCCCUACGCCUACAUUCCAUUUAGUGCUGGACAAAGAAACUGCAUCGGCCAGAAGUAUGCCAUGCAGGAGAUGAAAACCCUUAUGGUGGUCAUUCUCAAGCAGUUCAAGAUCCUGCCAGCUAUCGAUCCCAAGUCCAUUGUCUUUGCAGCGGCUGCAACCUUGAGCUUCAAAAACCAAAUAAAAGUCAAGCUUGUGAGGCGGAAAUGUAAUUAUGAUGAAAUAUCAAAAGCUCGAGUGGAACGAGAGUUGAGAACCGUAAGUCGAAGCAGUACUGAGAGUGAGGCCCACCGAUCCAGUUCGAUAGCGAUGAUUUGGCUUCUGUGGCUCUGCGUCGCCAUAGGUGUGCUCGUCCACUGGCUCUAUAAGGUAAACAAAGACUACUGCAUCCGUGCCUUUUUUGCCAGGAGAGUUCAUACGAAAAGUGGAGAACCCCUGGAUACCAUAGUUCCCUUGCCCAAGGGGCAAACUUUCUUCGCCAACUGCUUUGAUCUUUUUGGAAAAGACGCUGCCGAGGUUUUUAGUCACUUGCGUCAGUUGGCGAGGAAAGCCGGGGAUAGUUAUCUGCUAUAUAGCUUCGGAUUUCCCAACUACCACAUUAUAGAUGCCCAUAAUGCGGCUAAUAUACUGAACCAUCCGAAUUUAAUAACAAAGAGUGCGAUAUAUAAUUUUCUACAUCCAUUUCUGAGAACUGGCGUCUUGACAGCGACAGAAAAGAAAUGGCAUACGCGAAGGAACAUGCUAGCUAGGACCUUUCACUUGGAUAUAUUGAACCAGUUUCAAGAGAUCUUUAUAGCGGAGAGCUUAAAGUUUGUUCACCAGUUCGAAGGUCAAGAUGAGUGCGAGGUCUCUUUGAGAGACCACAUAGCCAGGUUCACCCUGAACAGCAUUUGUGAAACUGCCAUGGGAAUUAAACUGGAUGAAAUGGCAGAAAAGGGCGAUCGCUACAGAGAGAACUUCCACCGAAUCGACGAGGGUUUUACGAGGCGAAUAAGUAAUCCGCUCUAUUGGGACGAUUGCGUUUACAAACUGUUUGCAACCCGUGAUUAUGCCUCGGCUUUGAAAGUGGUCCAUGAAUUUUCCAGCGAAAUCAUCGCAAAACGCAGAGUUCUUCUGGAAGAGGAGCUUGAGUACAGAAGAGCCACCCAAACGGCUGACGAUGAUAUAUGCGUCGCUAGAAAGAAAAUAUUCGCUAUGCUGGACACCUUGAUUUGCGCUGAGAAAGAUGGUCUGAUUGACGAUAUUGGCAUUGGCGAGGAGGUCGACACACUGAUGGCUGAAGGUUACGAUACUACGUCUAUUGGUCUAGUCUUUGCCCUAUUGAAUAUGUCCCUUUACGCUGAACACCAGGAACUGUGCUUCCAAGAAAUCCAGGAGCACAUUAAUGACGACCUAAGCAACCUGAACCAUGGCCAACUAAAUAAACUAAGCCACCUGAACAACUUCCUAAAGGAAACCAUGCGUCUUUAUCCCUCUAUUCCCAUCAUGGGUCGUCAGGCAAUCCAGGAAACGGAGCUAGACAACGGUUUAAUUCUUCCGAAAAGUUGUCAGAUUAAUAUACACGUCUUUGACAUUCAUCGCAAUUCCAAGUACUGGGACUCCCCCGAAGAAUUCCGCCCUGAGAGAUUCCUACCCGAGAAUUCUCAGAAGAGGCAUCCCUACGCCUACAUUCCAUUCAGUGGUGGACAAAGAAACUGCAUAGGUCAAAAGUAUGCCAUGCAGGAGAUGAAAACCCUUUUGGUAGUUGUUCUCAAGCAGUUUAAGAUUCUGCCCGUUAUCGAUCCCAAAAGCAUUGUCUUCCAAACGGGCUUAACCCUGCGCUUCAAAAACAAAAUAAAAGUCAAGCUUGUGAGGCGGAAUCGCGUCUAUGUGCUGCUGCACUGGCUCUACAGGAUCAACAAGAACUAUUGUGUCCUGUCCUUCUUCUCCAGAAGAAUUCAAUCGAAAGAUGGUACACCUGUGGAGAGCAUAGCUCCCAUACCCAAGGGUAAGACCAUAUUCGGCAACACUUUCGACCUGUACGGCAGAGACCACGCUGGUGUUUUUGAACACUCCCGCGAACGAGCGAAGCAAAUGGGAACUAGCUAUAUUGAAUAUUUAAUGGGAACGGCCGUUUACAAUGUAAUCGAUGCGGAUACCGCGGAUAAUGUACUCAACCACCCUAAUCUGAUAUCCAAGGGACUUGUCUACAAUUUCCUACAUCCAUUUUUAAGAACGGGUUUGCUGACAUCAACUGGUAAAAAAUGGCAUGCACGUCGUAAGAUGCUCACCCCGACAUUCCAUUUUAAUAUAUUGAAUCAGUUCCAGGAGAUCUUCAAAGCGGAGAGUGUAAAGUUCCUUAAGCAGUUCGAGGGUCAAGAUGAGGAAAUUAUCACAUUACACGAUGUUAUUCCAAGAUUUACUCUAAACAGUAUUUGUGAGACUGCCAUGGGAGUUAAGCUGGAUGAGAUGGCGGAGAAGGGCGAUCGGUACAGGGAGAACUUCAGUCAGAUUGAAGAUUGUUUCAUUCGCCGAUUGAGCAACCCCUUUCUUUGGGGCGAUACACUGUUCAACAUGUUUGCAGCAAAAGAUUAUGCUGCUGCCCUGGAUGUGGUGCAUGGAUUUUCCAGUGAGAUUAUAGCUAAGAGGAGGGUUUUGCUUAAGGAUGAGCUGGACAACAGACAGGCCACACAGACAGCCGACGAUGAUGUAUUUGUCCCAAAGAAGCGAUUCGCCAUGCUGGACACCCUAAUUUGCGCUGAAAAGGAUGGCCUUAUCGAUCACAUAGGCAUUUGUGAGGAGGUGGAUACUCUCAUGUUUGAAGGUUACGAUACCACUUCAAUUGGACUUAUCUUUGGUCUGAUGAACAUGUCUUUGCAUCUCGACAAGCAGGAAAUAUGCUUCCAGGAGAUUCAAGACCACAUAGAUGAUGACCUGAGCAACUUGGACGUGAAUCAAUUGAAUAAGCUGAAAUACCUGGAGUACUUCAUGAAGGAAACCAUGCGCCUGUUUCCCUCGGUUCCCAUUAUGGCUCGUGAACCCGUUCAGGAUACAGAGCUGGCCAAUGGUCUGAUUAUUCCGAAGGGUUCUCAGAUUACCAUUCAUGUAUUUGAUAUUCAUCGGAAUGCCAAGUACUGGGACUCGCCUGAAGAGUUCCGUCCGGAGAGAUUCCUACCCGAAAAUGUUCAGAACCGUCAUACCUACGCCUAUAUUCCAUUUAGUGCUGGUCAAAGAAAUUGUAUUGGUCAAAAGUAUGCCAUGCAGGAGAUGAAAACCCUUAUGGUCGUCCUUCUCAAGAAGUUCAAGAUUUUGCCAGCCAUCGAUCCCAAAAAGAUUAUUUUUCAUACGGAAAACCGGCUGAAACUGAUCUCAGUGAUCAGUGUGGUGAGACAGAUCCGUGGAUGCGGUUGUUGGAAAAUGAUAAUCUUGUGGCUCGUCGGAGCUUUAAUUGUGCUCUCGCAUUGGCUUUAUAGGGUCAACCAGGAUUACUGCAUUCUUGGGUUCUUCGCCAGAAGAAUUCGAACUAAGGAUGAGAAGCCCAUAGAAAGCGUAGCCCCCAUGGUCAAGGGUAGUACCAUAUUUGCCAACAGCUUCGACUUGUACGGCAAAGAUCACUCUGGUGUUUUUCAGCACUCUCGUGACUGUGCAAAAAAAUUAACUGAGAGCUAUUUAGAAUAUGCGAUGGGAACGGCGGUUUACAAUGUUAUCGAUGCGCAGAAUGCGGAAUAUGUACUUAAUGAUCCUAAUCUAAUAAAAAAGGCAAUAGUAUACAAUUUCCUACAUCCGUUUUUGAGAACGGGUUUGUUGACAUCCACAGGUAGAAAGUGGCAUGCGAGAAGGAAGAUGCUUACUCCAACGUUUCAUUUUAACAUAUUGAAUCAGUUUCAGGAGGUAUUCAAAACGGAGAGUCUGAAAUUUCUUCAGCAAUUCAAGGGUCAAGAUGAGGCAAUAAUCUUAUUGAACGACGUCAUACCAAGAUUUACUCUGAACAGUAUAUGCGAGACUGCCAUGGGUGUUAAGUUGGAUGAGAUGGCUGAGGAAGGCGAUCGUUACCGGGAAAACUUCAGUCAGAUUGAAGAAUGUUUCAUUCGCCGUAUGAGUAACCCUCUACUCUGGGUCGACACACUGUUCAACAUGUUUGCGGCCAAGGAUUAUGCUGCUGCACUCGAUGUGGUCCAUGGAUUUUCUAGCGAGAUUAUAGCAAAGAGAAGGGUUUUGCUGAAGGAUGAGCUAGACAACAACGAAGCCACGCAGACCGCAGAUGAUGAUGUAUUCACCACGAAGAAGCGUUUUGCCAUGCUGGACACCUUAAUUUAUGCUGAAAAGGAUGGCCUUAUCGAUCACAUUGGCAUUUGUGAGGAGGUUGACACUCUUAUGUUCGAGGGCUACGAUACCACCUCAAUUGGCCUUAUCUAUGGUCUGAUGAACAUGUCCUUGUAUCCCGACAAGCAAGAAAUAUGCUUCCAGGAGAUCCAAGAGCAGAUAGACGAUGAGUUGAGCAACUUAGACAUCAAUCAGUUGAAUAAACUUAAAUACCUGGAAUACUUUGUUAAGGAAACUAUGCGUCUAUUUCCUUCCGUCCCCAGCAUGGGUCGGGAAACCAAUCGAGAAACGGAGCUGGCCAAUGGGCUGAUUAUGCCGAAGGGUUCACAGAUUGUCGUUCAUGUUUUUGACAUUCAUCGCAAUCCCAAGUACUGGGAUAACCCAGAAGAAUUCCGCCCCGAGAGAUUCCUACCCGAGAAUUCCCAGAACCGUCACACCUACGCCUAUAUUCCAUUCAGUGCUGGUCAAAGGAAUUGCAUUGGUCAAAAAUAUGCCAUGCAGGAGAUGAAAACUCUGAUGGUGGCUCUACUGAAGCAGUUCCAGAUUCUGCCAGUUAUCGAUCCCAACAGCAUAGUGUUUCAAUCGGGAAUCACGCUGCGAACUCAAAACAAAAUUCACGUGAAGCUUGUGAGAAGAAAGUGACUGGGCUUUAAUGGAAAGGAUUUAAUCCAGAAACUGUGUUAGCCAUAAAAUGCAUUUUACUAUGCUUUAAUCCCCUA